AUGGUGCCUAAUAUGGUGGAUGAGAUUGACUGUGCAAACUUCUUCGAUCAAAUCGAUGACUUGAUCGAGUUCCCACCCGGCAUUGAAUGUGGUGUUGAAGGUAAUUUUGUGGGGUUGUGUGAUUCGAACGAUUUUCCGAGCAUGUGGAGCGACCCGUUUCCUUCAUCUGACCCGUUGUUUCCUGGCGAUGCUCCGUCUGACCUCUCGACUGAGCUCUCGGUUCCGUAUGAAGAUAUCGUGCAACUCGAGUGGCUCUCGACUUUUGUCGAGGACUCGUUUUCGGGCAGUGGACUGACCAUCGGGAAAGACCACCCGUACACGAAAAAAACCGAGCACCCUCAAAUCGAGAGCCGCACGACCAGCAGCAACAGCUGCACCUCUUCUUGCUCGGGUGAAAAGGCAGCACUUCUCAGCCCAAAUCCUCAUCCCGGGCCUCAACGGGCCCGCAGCAAGAGACCCAGGCCCACAACCUUCAGCCCAAGGCACAUCGAGAGUUUCGCUGAGUUGGGCCUGGGCUCAGACCAGAAGAAGAAGAAGAAUUACAAGAAUAAGAAAAUCAGAAUCUCUCCACCAGUGGAUGGAUCCGAAUGCCCGGUGGUCCGGAAGUGCAUGCACUGCGAGAUCACAAAGACUCCACAGUGGCGGGCCGGCCCAAUGGGCCCGAAGUCACUGUGCAAUGCUUGUGGGGUCCGCUACAAGUCGGGAAGGCUCUUCCCAGAGUACCGACCGGCCGCAAGCCCCACAUUUGUCCCGGCCAUGCACUCGAACUCCCACAAGAAGGUCCUCGAGAUGCGGUGCGGAGAUGGGCCCGGGCCCACGGGCGUUGUGCCACGGGCCUCAAAGCCCAAACCUGUUCGGAGUCCAUGA